AUGGUGGUGUCGCGGCGGAGAAGAACUCAGACCAAACUCAUAGACUUCUUUCGGAUUAAACGGUCCUCUUCAGAUUACAUCCCAUGUUCUCCAGAUGAUAUUGGGAAGAAAAGGAAAAGGACAAGUUUGGUGAUGUCAAAGAAGAAGAGGAAGCUUCUUCCAUACAACCCUACCGUUGAUUCUCAAAGGAGGUUAGAGCAAAUGGCGUCUUUAGCCACUGCGUUGAGAGCAUCCAACACUGAGUUCAGUAACAAGCUUACUUAUGGAUAUAGCAAGGCUCUAAGAUCUGCAAACAAAGCUGUCCUUGAGAAAGGAGGCAUGCAGGUUCUGUCUAAACAAGAUGCAGAGACCUUAGCAUCGUGCAAGAACAUGAUGGAUCGUGGUGAAUGCCCGCCGCUUAUGGUGGUCUAUGAUCCUUAUGAAGGGUUCACAGUAGAGGCUGAUAGGUGUAUUAAAGACUUAACUAUAAUCACAGAGUAUGUUGGUGAUGUUGAUUAUCUGAGAAACAGAGAAGAUAACUAUGAUGGAGACAGCAUGAUGACUCUACUCCAUGCCUCUGAUCCUUCACAAUGCCUUGUUAUUUGCCCUGACAAACGCAGUAACAUCGCACGCUUCAUCAGUGGCAUCAACAAUCACACACCAGAAGGGAGGAAGAAGCAGAACCUGAAGUGUGUGAGGUUCAACAUCAACGGAGAAGCUAUGGUUCUUCUCGUAGCUAAUAGAAAUAUAUCUAAAGGGGAGCGUUUGUAUUAUGACUACAACGGCUAUGAACAUGAAUAUCCAACAGAGCAUUUUGUAUAA